AUGGUGUUCUGCUGUGCAGCCUACUUCUUCAACUACCUGGAUCGCCAGGCUUUCGCUAAUGCCUAUGUUGCUGGUCUCCGCGAAGACAUCGGCCUCAAAGGCAAUGAGUAUAGCAUCUUGCUGUCGAUUUUCACUGCGGGCAAGCCUUCCGAGAUAGCCAAACGGGCUGCCAUCUUUACUGCUGUCGGGCAGGUCGGGAGUAUGUGCGCUGGUCUCAUGAUGACGGCAAUGCACCAGACGAUGGAAGGCAAAGGCGGCUUGAAAGGCUGGCAAUGGGUGUUCAUCAUUGACGGCCUCAUGGGAAUUCCAGUUGGUCUCUUCGGAUUCUUCACAUUCCCGGAUCUUCCAGAGUCGACCAGAGUCUCCUACAUCACUCAGGCGGAAAGACAGCUCGCAAUGACUCGUCUACCACCUAAGACAGCAGACACCCACAACAUCGAGUUCAAGAGCCUUGCGAAGCGUGUUCUCCUAACGCCUACUAUCUACAUCCUCACGACUUUCUCAGUCGUCUGCGCCAUGCUCGAAGCCUUCGCCUUCCAGGGCAUGUUCCUCCUCUGGCUCAAGCACAACAAGUCUCGCUACUCCCAAACCGCUAUCAACACGUACCCUCUCGGAAUUCAAGCUGUUGCGAUCGUCUCCCAAAUUCUUGGCGGAGCCUUCAUCGACCACACAGGUCAUCGUCUGCCUAUGAUUAUCUUUAGUGGAGCGAUGCAGCUCAUCACCGCAUCGCUUCUGCUCGUGCGAAACCUUCCAGAUGCGGGGAUCUUCACAGCGCAUUACCUCAGUGGCACAAGUUUCAUCGUAAAUCCAAUCAUGUACGGCUGGGCCACAACCAUCUGUCAGCGAACGGGCGACGAUGCGGUGAGGGGUGUGACCGUGUAUACAAUGGCUAUGGGUGGUUUGAUCCUGUAUACGUGGUGGGGUAUUGUUAUGUACCCAGCGACGGAUGUACCGUACUGGAAGAAAGGAAGCAUCACCAUGAUCGUGGUGGUCUUUGCCUUUAUUGGAUGGGCGUUCGUGGUCAGAUGGGUGAGUAUCAUUGGUGAAUAA